AUGGAGGAUCUUGAUCGCAUAAGGAAAUUUCGAAGUCAGGCCAGGUCGUCGAUAACCCGAACGGUGAACGAUCUGAAGACGCUUUUGACUACGACCCCUCUUCCCAGAGAGCAACUGAAGCAAACCUUGACGGUUUUGGAAACGAAGUGGGCUACCUUGAAAGAAAAGGACCGAGAGGUUCAGGGUCUCAUACCGGAGGAAUUGAUAGAGAGCGAGUGUAAUUCCUGCGAUCAAUACCUCGAGUCAGUCACGGCGAUCAAGUUCCAAGUGUGUUCCGCACUAGACUCCACGACCGCAUCCCGAUCUUUGGCUCCCGCAGGCGACGGCGUUGAUGCUACGGGACCUCGACGAUCCUCCUCAGGAGAUCGGAGUCACUCUACCGGAGUCACUCUACCGAAGCUGCGGAUCGACACCUUUAGCGGCGACCUAUCUAUAUGGCAGGGGUUCUGGGACCAGUUCCGUGCGAGUAUUCAUGAAAACGAACGUCUCACUGAUGUCAACAAGCUGAAGUACCUGGUUUCUCUCGUUUCUGGGCCAGCAGCCCGUGCCAUUGAGGGUCUCUCAAUUAGCGAUGAGAACUACACGACUGCCGUGGACAUACUUCAGAAGCGAUUUGGGAAGGACGACCUUCUUGUGACCGAAAACAUGGGGCGCCUUUUCGAGCUCAGGACUGUUCGGUCCAGCACCGACGUAAAGGGGUUGCGUGAGCUCCACGAGACUGUUACAGUGCGCAUCAGAAACUUGGAGAGCCUAAAUGUUACGACAGCACAAUACGCAAUUCCGCUUCGGCAGGUCAUCUUAAAGAAGAUUCCUAGAGACCUCGAAAUGGACUUCUACCGAACCAAGGACAAAGGCAAGGACACCAACGGCGACUCUUUAUCAUCCCUACUAGAUUUCCUGGAGAAUGAGAUUGAAUGUCGGGAACGAGCCCGAAGGGAGGCAGAUGACGUUCCCAAGCGCAGGGAGCCGACCCCAGCCUCUGCAUCUUUGCUGACAGCAACCGCGUCGUCUGUCUCAGAUCCAGCACCUGCAAUGGCUGCCCCAAGCACUCCUACGUGUGUGCUUUGCAAGUCCGGACAGCAUCGAUUGGAGGGAUGCACUGCUGGUUUGAGCCCUCAGGAAGUACGACUGAUCCUGCACCGGGAGGGCAGGUGUUUCCUUUGCGGACGGCGGUCGCACAUAUCGAAGGAUUGCAGGGUAAGGCGGGUCUUGCAGUGUGAUCGCUGCCAUAGACGUCAUCUUACUCAGCUGUGCCCCGGAGUCAACUCAUCCAGCACUGAGCAGUCCCCGCAGUCGUCUCAGUCUACAGCACAAGAGCCGUCGACGGUGCAUGCGUCUACGGGAACUGUUGUGACAUCUCUUUCUUCAUCCUCUGCCGUUUUGCCAGGCGCGGCGGUCCUUCUGCGCGGCGGUCCUUCCACAGCCAAGGUGUGGAUUGAAGGAAAUGAUGGCCGGAGAAGUCUCGCACGCAUACUUCUGGAUGGCGGCAGCCAACGCAGUUUUAUUCGACAGGAUGUGUCGACGAAGCUCGGAUGUACUCUGCUUCGAUCCGAAGAUUUGCAUGUUGGGGCCCUUGGAAACACUGCGUCAAGCUGCACGAAGUAUCGAUGCGUGCGGGUUGUCUUGCGCAGCCAAUUUUCGGCAUCAUGUAUGGCAAUCGAGGCGGUUGAAUACCCCGACAUCUGCUCCGAUGGAUUGCCUGUUCUCGAUUCGCAUUCAGCGCAACACGUCAAGAAUAUGGGUCUACAGCUUGCUGACGAGCCCUCAUCUCCCACCGAUAUUUCAUUAUUGAUUGAAGCGGACUUUUAUUGGGGAGUUGUGACUGGAGCAACCGUCCGUUUAUCAGAUUAUCUGGUAGCUGUUGAAACUCUGUUUGGGUGGACGAUUCAAGGCUCAGGCAGAAAUGCCAGCGGUGGUCACUGUCACAUCCCGUCGGUUCAUGUUCUCCAUGUUGAGGUGCACAAGGAAGAUACCAACGUCAUCCACCAGCAACUCUCCGCCGUUUGGGAGUUAGAGCAUUUGAGCAUAAUUGAUCGCCACCAGUCCGACUCCGACGGUGAGACUGUCCUACGCAAGUUCCGGUCCACAGCGCAGUUGUUAAACGGUCGUUACACCGUGCGCUUGCCUUGGAAGUCGGAAGCGCCUGAAGCAUUGGGUGACAACAAGAAGCUGGCGGUCCAGAGGCUGGAUAGUACCAUCAAAAGAUUACGGAGAGACCAAACGUUCCUGGAAGAAUAUGAUUCCACCAUACGUCAGUAUUUGCGUCUUCAACACGCUGAACGGGUCCUACAACCGGAGUUGGUGGCCGGGCCUCUCUAUUAUAUGCCGCACCACGCAGUCAUCCGAAGGGACCGCGAGACAACAAAGGUUCGAAUUGUGUUUGAUGCCUCGUCGAAGGCUCACGGUUCUCUUCACGGUCGUUCACGGUAG